CGCCCUCUCUCUCUCUCUCUGUUGCUUGGCGUUGUUUUGCCCUUCUGUCUACUUGGGCAGUUCAUGUUCUGUCAACCUUAUUUGAAUUGUUUGUCUGGACAUGUUACUUGUUGUGUCCAUUACGCUUGUCAUGCAUUAUUUCUUCCGACAUUUCAGCUUCAUCGUCCGAAACAUGAGUUUCAAGCUUUUUCGUGCAUACAUAGAAUGAUUCGUAUGAUGGGCUGGUGGGUUUGUGCUGUGUUGUUCUAAUCAACCUUUUGGAGAGUUGUUCUGUCUCCUUUGCUCCAAUACUUACCGGGAAAGUAGUGGUUUUUCUUGUCUGAAUCGCGUGGCCAAAUGGGUCCUUGAUUAUUUCACUCCAUGGAACUUUUAGCUUGGGCACGCUUUUGCUUUGCCUAAAACAUGUCCUAAGGAAGAAAGGUUUCUUUUGGCUUAAUUUUUGCUGAAGGCUGGAUUAUUAUUGCCCUGAGUCUGGCUAUAGUUGCCAUUUCAUCUUUUUGAUGCUUAUAAGUUUAAUUUUGGAAUCGUCUUCGGAUUUGGAGACUGAGAAUUGGUCUGGAUGGAGUCUGCUAUUGAUCAGGCUUAUUUAGAGACCUGUGAUUACUAAAAAACGAAGCCUGAAGUUAGAAUUGUAUCUGAGGAUGUGAAGGGAAAUCACUGAGGAGGGCAGGUGAGGGAUUUGAUGGGAUGAUACUCAUAACAUUUGUCAAAAGAAGCAUUCUCGAGUCACUGUCCAUUAUAUGCCCGUGUUGUUUGUUGUAUACUCACUGUAACUUCUAAAAUGGUUGCCUGUUACCCUUGUGAAUAUAUUGAGCGUGUAAACAAAUACAGGUUGUUAGCUUAUGAAACCAAUGUAGCCUGUUGUUUCCAGGACAAGUAAUGUGCUAAAAAAAUAUAAAUACUACUCUAAAACCUAUAAUGUUUAUGCUUAUAUAUACUAAUAUCUCCUUAUUGGUGCAGAAGCAGACAGCUUGUUCAGAUAUCCUGUUUCAGAAAUCGAAAGGUUGUUCUGGGUGGAAGCAUGAAAGGUACCAAGAAGGUCAAAACUACUGAUAUUGCCUUUGAUGACAAAGAUAAUUCGCAUAUAACUUGGUGGAAAGAGAGGUUGCAGAUAUGCAGGAAGCCUUCCACUGUCCACUUGACAAGCAGGCUUGUGUAUUCCAAUUUAUUAGCCUAAAAGAAGGUUCGCUUAACUGGGAAAUGUUGCAGUUCAAGUCCAAGUUCCCGCGAGAAGUCUUGCUUUGCAGGGUAGGAGACUUUUAUGAAGCCAUUGGAAUAGAUGCCUGUAUGCUCGUUGAAUACGCUGGUUUGAAUCCUUUUGGUGGUUUGCGUUCUGAUAGCAUUCCAAGAGCUGGCUGCCCUGUUGUGAAUCUCCGGCAAACUUUAGAUGACCUGACACGGAAUGGUUAUUCUGUGUGCAUUGUGGAGGAAGUUCAGGGUCCAACUCAAGCACGAUCCCGUAAAGAUCGUUUUAUAUCAGGGCAUGCUCAUCCUGGUAGUCCUUAUGUUUAUGGGCUUGUUGGAGUUGAUCAUGAUUUAGAGUUUCCAGAGCCAAUGCCAGUCAUAGGUAUCUCUAGAUCAGCAAGAGGGUAUUGCAUGGUUUUAGUUCUGGAGACCAUGAAGACAUAUUCUCUUGAGGAUGGUCUCACUGAAGAAUCCUUGGUUACAAAACUCCGCACUUGCCAAUACCAUCAUUUAUAUCUUCAUACAUCACUACGACAGAAUUCAUCAGGCACCUGCAGAUGGGGAGAGUAUGGUGAGGGAGGCUUACUGUGGGCUGAAUGCACUAUCAGGAACUUCGAAUGGUUUGAAUCUGAUCCUUUGAAAGGGCUGCUUCUCAAGGUAAAGGAGCUUUAUGGACUUGAUGAUGGAGUUGCAUUUAGAAAUGUCUCGGUUUGUACAGAAAAUAGACCCCACCCAUUGCAUCUUGGAACAGCCACUCAAAUUGGUGCCAUACAAACAGAAGGAAUACCUUCUUUGUUGAAGGUUUUGCUUCCAGGAAAUUGCACUGGGUUGCCUGUGUUGUACAUUAGAGACCUUCUCUUAAAUCCUCCUACUUACGAGGUUGCGGCCACAAUUCAAGCAACUUGCCGACUCAUGAACAAUAUAACAUGUUCGAUUCCUGACUUUACUUGUGUCUCGCCUGCAAAGCUAGUGAAGCUCCUUGAGCUGAGGGAAACCAAUCACAUUGAGUUUUGCAGAAUAAAGAAUGUGUUAGAUGAAGUUCUGCACAUGCGUAGUAGUCCCGAGCUUUGUGAUAUACUAAAACUUCUGAUGGACCCUGCAUGGGUUGCGACAGGAUUAAAGAUUGACUUUGACAUGUUGGUUAUUGAAUGUGAAUGGGCGUCUACAAGAAUUGGUGAAAUGAUAACCUUAGAUGGUGAAAGUGACCAAAAGAUAAGUUCCUUCCCGCUCAUUUCAAGUGAAUUUUUUGAGGACAUGGAGUCUUCUUGGAAAGGGCGUAUUAAGAGAAUUCAUAUAGAAGAUGAAUUUGCAGAAGUUGAAAGAGCUGCAGAGGCUCUAUCAUUAGCUGUUUCUGAAGAUUUCCUCCCCAUUAUAUCAAGAAUAAAAGCAAUGACGGCUCCACUUGGGGGACCAAAGGGGGACAUAUCGUACUCUCGUGAACAUGGAGCUGUUUGGUUUAAGGGAAAACGAUUUGCUCCUACAGUUUGGGCUGGUACUUCUGGUGAAGAACAGAUUAAGCAGCUAAAGCCUGCUGUAGAUUCGAAAGGUAGAAAAGUUGGGGAGGAGUGGUUUACCACUUUGAAGGUUGAGGAUGCCUUAGCUAGGUACCAUGAGGCUGGUGAAAAAGCUAAAGCACGAGUUCUAGAGUUACUACGGCGGCUCUCUGUGGAGCUGCAAGUAAAAAUAAAUAUCCUUGUCUUUGCCUCCAUGUUGCUGGUUAUCGCGAAGGCAUUAUUUGCGCAUGUGAGUGAAGGCAGAAGAAGGAAAUGGGUCUUCCCUACCAUUGAAAAGUUCCGUAAGUCUGAGGAUGUAAAACCUUCGGAAGAAACAAAUAGGCUGAAAUUAACUGGCCUCUCACCUUAUUGGUUGGACAUAGCCCAGGGAAGCGCUGUGGAUAAUACAGUGGACAUGCAGUCUUUGUUUCUACUGACGGGGCCCAAUGGUGGAGGCAAGUCAAGUUUGCUUCGAUCAAUUUGUGCUGCCUCAUUGCUUGGGAUAUGUGGACUGCUUGUCCCAGCAGAGUCAGCACUGAUACCACAUUUUGAUUCAAUCAUGCUCCACAUGAAAUCUUAUGACAGUCCUGCUGAUGGGAAAAGUUCAUUUCAGGUAGAGAUGUCAGAGAUUCGGUCUAUCAUCACUCGAGCCACACCAAGAAGCCUAGUGCUAAUAGACGAAAUAUGCCGCGGAACAGAAACGGCCAAGGGGACUUGCAUUGCUGGCAGCAUCAUUGAGACCCUCGAUAAGAUUGGUUGUCUUGGAAUUGUAUCAAGUCAUUUGCACGGAUUGUUCAAUCUGCCUUUAACGACUAAGAGCACUGUAUACAAAGCAAUGGGCACAGAAUAUGUUGAUGGGCAGACAAUACCCACAUGGAAGUUGGUGGAUGGGGUUUGUCGAGAAAGCCUUGCUUUUGAAACCGCUAAGAGGGAAGGGGUGCCUGAGGUGAUAAUCCAACGGGCUGAAGAACUGUACCUUCAAUAUGCUAAUGAAUCAUUUUCAGGGCUUGACGGCGUUAAAGUAGAAAAAUCUUGUGCGGUCCGAGCUGGUGACGGGCCUGAUAAGGUCCAUCCUGAUUUGAAUAGGAUGGGUGCGAGCGCUCUGCAUGAUGAGAUAGAACCAGUAAAGUGUAUUGAUGAGUUACAGGAGGAAGUAAAGAAGGCUGUAAAUCUUAUAUGCCAUAAGAAGCUGGGUGAGCAUUAUGAGCGGAAGAAAUUGUCAGGACCUAUAGAAGUACAGUGUUUCUCAAUUGCAGCUCGGGAGCAGCCACCUCCAUCGGCAAUUGGCUCUUCUGUAGUCUACGUUAUGUUUAGACCUGACAAGAAGAUAUAUGUAGGAGAGACAGAUGAUCUUGAAGGCAGAGUAUAUACACACCGUUCGAAGGAAGGCAUGCAAAACGCAACCUUCCUCUAUUUCAAAGUCCCGGGGAAAAGCAUGGCUUGCCAACUGGAGACCCUUCUCAUAAAUCAGCUAGCAAACAGAGGAUUUCAGUUGACCAACAUGGCCGAUGCCAUGGUGGAGACUCAUGCAGCAGAAAUUUGCAAAUUGGAAGCCGUAAUCAAAGAACACAAGCAGCAAAUGGCAGAACUGCGAUCGCAAGGUGAUAGAAGAUUCGAUGAACUUAGAGAUUUGAUCAAGGCACUCAGUCUUCAACAAUCUGAGGUGAUGAACAGAGCCCAAAUUGGCCGCCCAGAAUGGAGCUGCAGGAAACCAUGACCGAGGAACACCCCCUACUUCAACACUUCAAGAAUGGGAAAGAUGGAAUUUCCAAGAUUCAAUGGGGAAGAUCUCACUGGGUGGAUAUACAGAUGUGAGCAGUUCUUUGAAUUUGAUUCCACACCUGAGGAUGCCAAGUUGAAGCUAGUGGUCAUCCAUCUUGAAGGAAAAGCAUAGCAGUGGCACCAGGGAUUUGUCAGAGGAAGAGGUGCGGCAGCUGGCCCAUUAAGUUGGGAAGAAUAUGUGAGGGCUAUCAUUGCAAGGUUCAAUGAGAAACCAUUCGAGGAUCCAUCGUCAGAGCUCAAGAAUCUCACACGGACAGGUAAGAUUACCUGGAUGUGUUUGAUGCUUUGCUUAACAAAGUGUCAAUUAGUGAGGAAAAUGCCAUUAGUUUGUUCUUGGGAGGUUUGAAGGCUGAGAUCCAAAACCCUGUGAGGAUGUUCAAACCACAAACACUGCAUGAUACUUAUGCAUUGGCAAAGUUGCAGGAGGCCACCUAUGUUGCUCUUGGAAAUCCUUCUCUCUUAUAGACCAAAUACAGGCCCAACUUUCAAAACCACUGCUUCCACACCCAGAUUUAUCACCCCAUAUACUCCAAAACCUGCUGUUACAAAUCCUGUAGGAGCAUCCAAACCAAACCAUAUUAACCAAACUGGUCUGCUACCUUUACCCUCUAAUGUGGCUCCAAUCCACAGCAAAAAUCUCAGACCAACCAAAGCCUUGACCAGCAAAGAAAUGGAUGAGGCGUGCUAAAGGGCUAUGUUUUUGGAGUGAUGAAAGGUUUACUCCUGGUCACUAGUUUACUAAGAGGCAGAUUUUCAUAAGAGAAGUUGAACAUGUGGAAGAAGAGGAGUUUGAGCAGGAAAAUAGUGUGGAGGUGGAAAAUAUUACACCUUAGAUUUCCAUACAUGCACUCUGUGGGGCUCAAAGUUAUCAAACCAUAAGGGCAUGUUUGGUUCGCACGAUUAGGUAAGGAAGGGAUUAACUAUUCCGUACAUAUUAAGUUAUCUGGCGUUUGGUUCACUGGAAUGCGGAAUAAGUGUUCCGACCGGGCUGCCCUAUCUUGAUUGCACGAGGAAUGGUGAAGCCUCCCGUGAGUGUCCGGAUUAGCGGGCCCCCAUCCGGAAUUUCGAGCAAAAAGUCAAAAAUGCCCUCAACUUCUUUGAAUUAUUACAAUUGCAUGCCAUCGUCCUAUUUUCCUGCAGAAAGCCCCAAAUUGAACCGGGAAGGCUUCGUAGAAACCCUAACCAGAGCAAUCGAGCUAUUGGGUCUUCAAUUCCUCCCAAAUCCGGCGUCGAUUCGUCCCUCGACUAGCGGAAAAGGACUCCGGGGAAGAUCUUCGCCACUCCAUUGCCGGAGAAAGCAGCAACUGGACAUCUUUCCCUCUUCGUUGGCCUUCGCGGACUCGACGCAAGCGGCGGACAACAUCUUUCCCUCAGGUGUUCUCAUCAGCCCGUAAGCGCUAGGGUUUCCACCUCCGUAUGUAAAUAUCAUAGCAAAGCGAGGAGCAAGGACUGAGUAUAGAAGAGAAACAGAGCCCGACAUCGGCGUAUGGUUCUUUGCCGGCCAGUGAGCUGAUCAGGGCCGAGCCUGGCGGCCGAGAGAGACUUCCGCCUCACCUUGUCGACUCAGACCCACCAAAAUCUCAUCCUCCAUUAACUCAUUUUCGGCAAACAAGUCCCACAUCCCACUGAGCUCGAGCCGGCGGUGUGCUUUCUCUGUUCGAUGAAAGCCAUUGAGAGAUGGCAGUUUUGCUCAUCGUGAUGUUCAUCUUUUACUUUUUUUUCGCUUUUUGACCCCAAAGAAAAGAAACUUGGAUUGAACAUUAGAAUGGAAAGUAGUAGUAUUGGUUUAGUUGGAGUCGACGAAUCUUGAUAUUGGAACUUGUAGUUUGAGCUUCGGAGGUGAUAUGAUCUUGCUUGAUGAAAUGCUCUUUCUUGCUGGGAUGUACGAAAGUGAAGGUUUGUAGAGUUCCCAAUUCAAUCUCAAGAUAGCGGCAGAGCCGGUGAAGACGUUUGUAUAUGUUGGAUUAACUGCCACUUCUCUGGAGUUCCUCGAAAUGAUCGUUUUCUGCUUAUUUUCUGAAUCAUCAACGUUCCAGUAGUGUGUUCGUUUUUCAUUGCCUGAGUUUUUGAUUCCUCGGUGCGGGAGAUGACACUCUGCUACCCUUCGACACCAAAGAAGCUCGCAAUAACUGUUGGAUUCUUCUUAGCUGGAGCUGGACUUUUCGAUUACGGCUUUCAUCUUUAAUACGUCAAUGCUGCUCCGCAGCGAGCGCGAAUAUAAACUCGCAGUGAAUUUGUCAAAGAAAAGUUGAGGAGGAAGUAUGGGGAUGGCUGAAGAUAGGAACUUUCCCAUACGUAGGAUCACCUUCCUUUGCUUAAAUCCUGGGGAAGAGGAAAUCUUAGCCCUGACAUUUCAGCAGUUUCCGUUUCUCGAGUUGCACAUAUAUGGGAUUUCUUCGUAUGAAGGAAAAGUUGGAAUUCGAAGCCUUUGCAGUUUGCACCAUUUGCUGAGUUUUAUGGACUGGCUAAAGCUGAAAUCGGAUAAUUCCUAUCAUGUAACGUUUUUGACCUUCUUUAGGUCAUUAUGAAUCUGUCUCUGGAUCAAGAAGCAUGAGCUAGCUAAUCUGAGGGAUGAUGCUGUAUGAAUUUGAUGCUUUGAGCAAUGAAAUAACCAAAGUUCGGUUUAGCUCCA